AUGCAAUAUAACUUUAGAUUGCGGCUCAGCCCCCCGCUCCCUGUAGAUAUGCGAAAAGGUCCCAAGCUUUGCCCUGAACAAGUCAAACUUUCAGAUCUACAAGCUCAACUCUCAUCAUGGCGGAACCAAUGAAACAUAACCACAAGCGGUUGCGCAACCGGGCUGUCUUGCCCAAGAAGGCCUUUCGCGAGCGAUUUCUCCAUAAGCUACCGUUUUAUACGGGGGCCUAUAGCGUCGGAUACAUGGAUGUGGAAGUUCCAGUUCGCAACCCGCGUCCAGUAUCCGACUUGAAGAGAGAUGGCAAACCUGUGCUGCGCCUCGACACCGUCCUUAUGGGAAUAUACUAUCCCUGCGACCUCAGAAAAGAAGCCGACACAGAAAUGGCCCUCAAGAACCUGCGUCGUGUCAACUGGAUGCCACGCCCGAGAUAUGCGACGGCGAGAGGAUAUGCUAAAUACUUAAACCUGCCAGUAACUCCCGUGACUGGCUAUCUAGGAUGUACGACACUCUUUACCAAGCUCCCUGCAUUUCGAAAUGCACAUAUUUGUAGGACCGUUCACGACGACAUCUCGCCUGCCGUCGAUGGGCCUGAGAAGCCGGAAUCCAGUGACCCAGAAACGCAAAGAUUCCCUGUCAUUAUCUUCAGCCAUGGCCUCGGAGGAUCUAGACUCUGUUACAGCACCAUCUGCGGCGAACUGGCUAGCCAUGGCUGUAUUGUGAUUGCUUUGGAGCAUAGAGAUGGUAGCGGUGCCAGAACCCAUGUUAGUUUAAAUGACGAUGCCAACAUUGAGGAUAUUAUUUCCAGCACUGCCCAAAUGCCUGAGCACCUAGACGAAUCGAAAAAGACUCACAGCAAAAAAGUCCGCGGCGCCAACAAGAAAGGAUUGAAUCCUUAUUAUAUUGUCGACUAUAUUUUACCAAAGGAUAACGCACAAGAUACGUCCCCGAACAACCCCCGUGGCGUCGACUUGCGGCUCCGCUCUGCUCAGAUCGAGCUUCGCCAAGAGGAAAUCAAAGAAGCCUUCUACGUUCUAGAGCUACUUAAUGCCGGCCGUGGUGACGAGGUCGCGGCUCUCAACUUGCGGAAGAAGGGAAACGUUGGCUCUAGCUCGUUGGGCCUCGACGGAGUGCGCUGGGAAGACUGGGCCGACUCCAUGUACUUGGACAAGGUGACUGCCAUGGGCCACUCUUUUGGAGGAGCCACGACCGUUCAACUCUGCCGAGAUGACUCGCUCACCUGGCUCGGCCAGGGUGUUAUUCUGGAUGCUUGGGGACAAGCAACCCCAGCUGGUGGCGAGACUCGGAAGACAACGCUAACAAAACCGAUUAUGGCAAUUUCAUCGGAAGCUUUUAUGCACUGGAAGGACAACUACGAUCAAGUGGUUGGCUUCUGUAAAGAAGCUCGCGACAAUGGCGCACCAUGCUGGCUCCUGACAUUGGCUGGCUCAACGCAUCUGGCAAUGACGGAUCUGGCUGUUCUCUACCCGCAUUGGAUGACACUCUUGAUGAAAUCCAUGGUCGAUCCGGAGCGCGCAGUGUAUCUCACGACAGCAGUUUCUCUGGAAUUCAUGAAAACCAUCUUGCCUAGCGAGCAAACGAAGCACAGCUUAUGGGCCAGCGAGCACAUCCUCGAAACCGACGAGCCUGUUAGUGAUCCGGAUGAGGCUAUGCGCUUGGACAAUGCUCCUGACCAGAAAUGGGUGGCGGUCCGUCUCAAGAUUCCCAAUGAGCUAUCCACGAGAUUUAUUCGCGCUUGGCAUGCUUUCCGCCGACUAAUAUGCUUCCCUCCAUCGGGUAAGAAAGACACAGACGGAGAUUGGGAGGAGGUUUGGACACAUUUCAGUCCCGAACCAGAACACCUACAGCGCUAUCAAUAGAGGGACGACCUCUAUUGAGUAGCACCCGUCAGUUGCGCGGGGGAUAUCUCCAAAGGUGGUGGUUUUGUUCUUUUUGAUACCCAGCGUUACUUUCGUUUAUUUUCCUCGGUUGUUUUUCUUUUCCUAGCAAACUGUGUAUUAGCGGAUUUCUUUCUUUGUUGUAUUUAGACCUCUCUCUUUUGAGCCUUUCGUUUUCUUUGUAUUUUACUAUUCAACUUUGUAUACUAGACACCAAAAAGGUUACCUUGAGUUAUAAACUAUUCUGAGUUACUAUAUGUUAACCAUUUCUCCAAGUGUACAACCGAGUGAGUCAAAUUUAAGAGAAACCAGUUCCC